AUGGAUCUGAAUCGCGGAAUUGCGCCAGUGAAAAAAGAACAUAUUAUUGACAAACGGCGAGAAAAAGAGGAGGAAAAAUUAGUUUCUGGUGAUGAAACUAAUGAAAAAAAUGAAACAAAAGAGGAACCCCCAAGAAAGAAAAGUCGCAUUACAAGAGUAAGAGGGAAAAAGGAAAAAGCUAAUAACAAAUUUAUCGAAAAUACACGUCUUUGUUUAAAAACUUCAAUGGGUUUAGUAUGCGAAACAGAAUCAUGUAAAUUUGAUCAUGAUCUGGAUGCGUACCUAAAGACUAAAGAAAAAGAUUUGGGAGAUAAAUGUGUGAACUUUGAAAAUUCUGGAAAAUGUCGGUUUGGUUAUAAAUGUCGUUUCUUGAAUGCGCAUUUGUCUUCUGAUGGAAAAUUGAUCGUGAAUGAAGAUCGUGUAUUUUUAGAGGAAAAGAAUGUGAUCAAUAUGGAAACUCAAAAAAAUCUUCGAAAAAAUGUGUACCAAUUUCCAAAGUCCGAUGCAUAUAUGGUAGAAAUCGAGAGAGAGGUUUCAAGACAAUUAGAAAUGGAAAGGAAGAAUAAAUUAGAAAAAUUACAAUCUAACCAGUCCGAAAAAGGGAAUCAAAAUGUUUCAGAAGUUAUAGAUGCUGAAGUUCAACUGAACAUUUCUUCUCAAAUAAUUCAAGAUAAAUCAAAAGAAACAAAAUUUGAUAAUCAAAAUGUUUCAGAAGUUAUAGAUACUGAAGUUAAACCAAGCAUUUCUUCACAAAUAAUUCAAAAUGAAUCAAAAGAAACAAAAUUUGAUGUGGAAUUAGAUAAAAAAGAAAAUAAUGAAUCAACUAUAACAGAUUCUAUAACAGAUUCAACAACUUCAAAUAACUUAUUAGAUGCAGACAUUGAAGCAUCUGUUUAUACUCCCGAUGUUCCAUUACGAUCUGAAUGGGCAUUAAUGAAACGACACGUUAGUGAGGAUAUUUUUGGUGUACAAAUUUGUGGAUGUAAAGUUCAACAUUUGGUUAAAUGCGCCGAAUUAUUGAAUAAUGAAGUUGAGGUUGAUUUUGUGGAUGUUAAUCUUGGAUGUCCAAUUGAUAUCGUUUUUAAUAAGGGAGCGGGAACAGCUCUUUUAAAGCAUGAUGGAAAGCUUGGUAAAAUAUUUAGAGGAAUGGAUAGAGUCAUGGAUUUUCCAGUUACGGUAAAGCUGCGUACAGGUAUUCAAGAUGAGGUACCUUUAGCACACAAAUUGGUACCAAAAUUUGAGAAUUGGUUACAUGGUCGUUCUAGACAACAAAGAUAUACGAAAUUAGCAAAUUGGGAUUAUAUUUCAAAUGUUUCUAAUAAAGUUAAGGAAAUGCCAUUUUUCGGAAAUGGUGAUGUUCUUGGAUAUACUGAUUAUUAUAAACAUCUUGAAAAUCAUAAUGUCGAUGGCGUUAUGAUUGCUCGUGGGGCUUUAAUUAAAUCUAAACGUCAUUAUGAUAUUUCAUCAAAGGAACGUUUUGAAAUUUUAAAAAAAUUCUGCAAUUAUGGAUUAGAACAUUGGGGAUCUGACUCAAUUGGAGUUAACAAAACCCGAAGAUUCCUUUGUGAAUGGUUUGGUUUCUUACAUAGAUAUAUACCUGUGGGAUUACUAGAAGUAUUGCCACAACGUAUAAAUGAUCGUCCUCCAUUUUUCCGGGGAAGGGAUGAUUUAGAAACUUUGAUGGCAAGUCCUAAUAGUAAUGAUUGGAUAAAACUUAGGUAG